AUGUUGCGCCCCGCACUCGUCGAAGCUGUCAUGAAAUCGCGUGUACCACUGUCACCACGACGUCUUGUGACGUCUGUCCGAGCGACAAUCUAUCCCCGACGGCCCUACUCCACACAUCCGCCGAACGCCCGCCUUAACCUGCCCAUCGACUACGCCACCACCCCGCUGCUCGCCCACACCCCCAAGUCGAGUCUCUCGAAUCCCGAGCUGCCCCAGCAUGUCCGCGAUUCGAAAACUACGCGCCAGAAUAUGUUUCAGGCCGUCAACUCCGCCCUGCGCCAUGCCCUGUCGACCGACGAUCGCGUGCUCGUGUUCGGCGAAGAUGUAGCCUUCGGUGGCGUCUUUCGAUGCUCCAUGGGGCUAGCCAACGAUUUUGGCUCGGAGAGAGUCUUUAACACUCCGCUGAGCGAGCAAGGCAUCGUGGGGUUCGCCAUUGGUGCUGCGCUAGAAGGAAUGAAGCCAGUUGCUGAAAUCCAGUUUGCCGACUACGUCUACCCAGCCUUCGACCAAUUAGUGAACGAGGCAGCCAAAGUGAGGUACAGGGCAGGCACAACGGACAUGCAUGCUGGAGGCCUCGUCGUACGAAUGCCCAUGGGGGGUGUAGGGCACGGUGCAUUAUACCACUCUCAAUCACCUGAGGCUCUCUUCACCCAUAUUCCUGGAUUGCGCGUAGUGGUUCCGCGCUCGCCAAUUCAAGCCAAAGGCUUACUCUUAGCAUCUAUCGCGUGCAACGACCCCGUCGUGUUUAUGGAACCCAAGAUCCUCUACCGAGCAGCCGUGGAGCAAGUGCCUAAUGAAGCAUACACCCUGCCUUUGUCGAAAGCAGAAAUUCUGAAAGAAGGAAAAGAUGUGACCCUUAUCUCCCAUGGCACUCCUUUGUACAAUUGCUCAAGCGCCAUCGCUGCCGCCGAGAAGGAUUUCGGUGUCAGCGUUGAGUUGGUUGAUUUGAGAACCAUUUAUCCCUGGGACCGGCCGACCAUCUUGAGCAGUGUGAACAAGACUGGGAGAGCCAUCGUCGUGCACGAGAGUAUGAUAAACUCUGGUGUCGGCGCCGAGGUCGCAGCAACAAUUCAAGAAGGUGCAUUCUUGAGACUGGAAGCACCUGUGCAGCGUGUUGCAGGAUGGAGUACGCACAUGGGUCUGUUGUAUGAAAAUUUUAACAUUCCCGACGUCGUCCGGAUAUACGAUGCGAUUCGAAAAGUCAUCGAGUACUAG